UCUAGGUUGGCAAUCGCGCAAGCGCGCUGAAUUCAAACUUCCCAGUUGCUUAGCUACAAUUUGAAUGAACACAAAGACUUCAGCGUCAGAAUGAGCAAAAGAACAUUUUCACGACGAAGCUGCUUCUGCAAUAGUUGGCGAUUUCGAAAUGACUCUUCAAACAUGGCGGCAGUUUUAAAACCGAUACAUUUCGAACCGGCUGACUGCGUUUGUUAUUGUCACGAAAAGAAGAUUCCUCCUCGACUCUUCUCAAAACCAAAGGAGUGUGUUUUUAUAGAUGACCUAGAUGAACCUAUGGUUCGUUUCGAAAAGCCAUUCUCCUCCAAAGUCGGCUCGGGCGCUUUUAAAAUUCCACAAUUUUGGAAAAGUAACAAAAGUUUUAAAUCCAGUUCGAAAUCCGGAAAGUAUUUUAGUGAAAGUGAUGAUCUAAGAACUGAUACUGAUAAAUCCAAGCAAAAUAAAACUUCGUUUAGUUCAGGACUGAGGGAUCUCAGAACUGAUAAAUCAAAAUUAAAUAAAACUUUGCCUAGUUCAAGACUGGACCUUUUUGAAAAUGAAAAUUUCGCACCUCAAAAAUCUGACGAUUUUUCGUUAGCUAACAGCAAAGAGAAAGGUUCUACUUACUUUGAUGAAAAACAAAAAACAGAAUCCGCAAUAGAAAAUAUUGGUGCAUUAUCUCCCAGUUCUUCGUUAGCAAGUCCACCGAGAACAGAAAGUGAACAAAGAGAAGGUGAUAAAAAUGGAUCUAAAACGACUCAGUCUUUUAAAGACAAAUCGACUAAAAGCACAAAUAGAAACAGUUUUCAAGAGAAAAGUAAAAAAUCAGAAACGAUACUAGAAGAGGAAGAUGGAGAAUACCAAAUAAUUGAAGACGUUAAAGAGAGUAAACACGAAUUCGACCAACCAACGCCGUCAGAUUUCUCCGAGGGAGAUCAAACACUUUCACCAAGUAAUGUAGCAACUGUUGGUCAAGUUUCCACUAAAUCUGAUCUCCAAAAACUUAGUGAUUUCCGCAAAGACCAUUUUUUUGAAACGCAUUCCACAGAAGAUUUAAUAAAACCCAUACCUGAACAUGUGUGUAUACAUAGAUUUGGUCUAGAUGACAGGUUUUUACCAAAACCUCUGUAUGCUGAUAUAUAUGGUGCUAGUCGUUGUAUAAUCUGUGAUAAGCCCAUGGACAGUCCACCACUUAAUAAAACUGAUGAGCGAAUUUUGAGGAAGAAGAAUAUUUUACCUAAAUUUUAUAAAUACGGGUUGGCACCUAAAAGGAUUUACAUGGGGAAUGAUGACAAGGUGAAGAUUGAGAUGCAGUUGGACUGUAAAGAUGAAGAGUUCGUGGUGAAGACACAAAAACCAAAUUAUUGUGAUACAUAUGCGUUGAGGUAUCAAAAAGGAGUUAUGUAGAUUAGAGAUGUAAUUUUUGUAAUAAUCUAAUAUACGU